AUGGACAGAACAGAUGGUCUAGCACCGGAAGAUAUGAAUGACAUCUACGAUACCGUUAUUGAGUGUACGAGGCUUUUUGAUUCCCUCGCGGAGGGAGUAGUCAAAGACCAUGAAAGUGUCAUUAAAGACAACGACAACGGCUUCAGAAGGAGCAUUGAGGAUACGAGAAGGAGCUUUAACCUCUGGAUCGACUAUACUGGUGCUCUAGCUGCUGAUAAUAGUAGAUCUCUCGAUGUUCGGUUACAUGAACACAUGGACAUCAAGGAAAUGGUCAUUGAGCUUCUCGAAAUGCUCGCCAGAAAUCUCCAAUAUUUGCACGAAAAGGACAAUAUCAAACUAGGUGUUCCGUACAACGAUGACAUGAAAGAAGAAGCCACUAGUGCGGUCCAGAAGUCCCUCGACGAGCUACACUUCAUGGCAACUGCAAUUCGAAGAUCCUCUAUUCGCAGUCACAAGUAUAACCUCUCGUCCCAUUUCCGUAGAGAAGACGACGACUAUUAUUUAGAACAAGCCUGCCUCCUAGUGAGGUAUCUAUUCCCAGACGCCAGACGAUCUCUUUCGGACCAACUUGGUGCGUCUCUUGCAAUCCGCCGCAAACGUUUCUUUCAGAAAAUGCGGCACGAAGAGAAACUGAGAGAUAGGCGGCAACUGACGGAGCUCAAGGUCAAUCGAGAAAAAGUGCCCAUCCAACCUGUUGGUGAAUCGCAACAGGCGACUGCUCGGGCUAACAUCGAACCUACAACCCCCCUCAAGGAGAAGCCAGGCAUGCUACAUGUACACUCUAUCGAUACAGCCAGUAGAAUGGACAGCGUUGCAGUCCGUCAAUAUCUGAAAUCUGGUCCGGCUCUUUCCACCAUCAGCAUGGGUUCUUCUAUUCAUCUAUCCUCAAUGACAUAUCCCGAAAGGCCUAUAUUUUCAGAAGGUGACCAGCAGUGCGCCUGCCCAUACUGCUCUAGACUGCUUGCGACCACUCGAUUAAAGGAUGGGUCAAUGUACUGGCAGAAUCAUAUAGAUGAAGACACAGAGCCUUAUGUCUGUCUGUCGGAGGAUUGCACCUCCCCCCUGUUGUUUUUCGUUCAUACGAAGCAGUGGAUAGAUCAUAUGAAGACAUUUCACUCAGAUCAGUGGAACAGAAAGAUUCACAUGAGCACCUGGUAUUGUGAUAUUAGCCACGACACCGCAAUUCAGUUCAACGACCGCGAGAACUUCCUGAAACACAUGAAGGACCCAGACAGUCACCCCGGCAGAGAGCCUCCGACCGAGUUGCAACUUGACACGCUCUCUCGGAAGAAGCAGAGAGUUCUUGUCCGGGAGAAUGAGUACUGUUGCCCCAUGUGCGAUUGUGUUCCAGACUCUCUGAAGCCAAUAAUCUUGACGAGUGAUCCCGCGACGAUCAAAGAUCGUUUAUACAAACACAUUGCUGGGCACAUUAAGGAUCUCGCCUUCAAGUCUAUUCCCGUAUUGGAUAACGCAGAGCCCAGAAACGGGUCAUCUGGGACUGACGACGAAGAGAGAGAUCAUCUGAGAGCUGAAAAUUCCGAUGCGUCGUAUCCAAGUGGGUUUGAUGACAGUCUGCGCGAGACACCCCUAACAUUCGACGAGGAUCCAGUUAGAGUACCAACAACAAUCCGAGAGGAAGUUUUUUAUGACAUGAAGGAAACAAAUGACACGUAUUUGGAUGAUAUUGGUUUUAAUGACUAUAGGAGACUUGAGACUGCUCAAAUUUGGGGUAGGCCAGAUGCAAUUCUUGACCACUUUGCGAAAGCCCAGCAGAAUCCCAGUUCUACAGUGCAACCCAAAAGCAGAGACGAUUUUGUGAUCGCGAUUUGUUGUGUUCUUCCUGUCGAGGUUGACGCUGUGGAGUCACUCUUCGACGAUGUGUAUGGCAAUAGAUAUGGUAAACCACCUGAAGACGAGAAUUCAUAUGUCAACGGAAGGAUCGGUAAGCAUAAUGUUGUCCUGUGCUUAUUUCGAGGAGCGGGGCAGGUACGCGCAACCAUGGCGGUCGCAAGUUUAAGAGUCAGCUAUCCUGGAAUACAACUUGUGCUGCUUGUCGGAACCUGUGGAGGGGCUCCGUAUCCAUCAGAGAAUCAGCAAAUCUUUUUAGGUGAUGUUAUCAUUAGUGACAGCCUGGUUGCAUACGAUUUCGGCAAAAAGUACCCUGAUACUUUCAAAAAUGUCGGGUACACGCCGGGAGGAUCGCCUCCGGAAAUUCGAUCCCUUCUCAACGGCCUGAAUGCGACUAGGAGUCGUAGAGUAUUUGAAAAGGAUAGUCUGCAGUACCUUCGCCAACUCCAGCAAAUGGCGACACAUUGGCAGCAUCCAGGCUUGGAAGAUGUUCUCUUCGGACAUGACGGGAAACAAGUUAUUCGUCGUCGAGAAAGAUUAGGAGCCCCACCAACUGUACACAUUGGGACCAUUGCAUCCGGCGAUACGGUCAUUAAAUCUGCACAGUUUCGUGACAAACUUGUUGAAGAAGAAAAAGUGAUUGGGGUUUUUUAUAUGGAGGGAAUAGGGAUUCGGGAGAUUUCUCCGCUCAUUAUUAUAAAUGGGGUGUGUGAUUAUGCAGACGGUCACAAGAGUAAGGAGUGGCAGUGUUAUGCAGUAGCCAGCGCAGCAUCAGCUGCCAAAGCUCUCUUGAGCUAUUUCAAUCCGACUUUGAGAGAAGAUCGGCCACGACAUUGUAUGAUCCCAUUUGGACGAAAUUCACAAUUUGUGGGCAGGAUGGAUGAAAUCACAAAACUCGAAGAAUGGACCAUGCAACCGGAUGGAGCUCGUAGAGUCGCUCUAUGUGGACUAGGCGGAGUCGGAAAGACUCAGAUCGUGCUCGAAUUAGCAUACCGUAUCAAAGAUAGGGAUCCCGAGCGCUCAGUUUUCUGGAUCUCAUGUACCAGCUACGAGAGGUUUGAACAAGCCUACGUGGAUAUCGCACAGUUAGUCGGGAUCGGAAGCAUGAAGCCAACAGAGAUAAAGGGCCAUGUUGUUGCCCAUUUCAGCCAAAAAAGCAGUGGAAAAUGGCUUUUUAUAUUUGACGGUGCCGAUGAUAUGGACAUUUGGAUUCAAGGCAGCAACACCCAUCCGGCCCUUAAGGAAUAUCUCCCAUUUAAUGAGCAUGGACAUCUAAUUUUCACAUCACGCAAUCAAAAGCUUGCUGUCAAACUUUCAUCGUCCCAUGUGAUGGCAAUCUCAGAGCCAGAUGAAGAGACCAGCGUCGUAAUGUUCAAUGAAUUACUAAUAGAAACUCACCGACCUAUUGACAAGCAUGUUGCCAUGACAAUCGUGAAAGAGCUUGCCUUUCUUCCAUUGGCAAUCGCCCAGGCAGCCGCUUAUAUUAAUGAAAACAGCUGUGGCAUCUCUGACUAUAUCGACCUGCUGAAAGCGGAGGAGUUAGAAGUCGUGGAACUACUUGAUGAAAGGUUUGAGGAUGAAGGGCGAUAUAGAAACAGUGAGAGUCCGGUCAUCUCCACUUGGUCAAUAUCAUUUCAACAGAUUCAGCGCUCAAACCAACUAGCAGUGGACUAUCUUUUGUUCAUGGCAUGCAUAAGUCCAGUCAACAUUCCCUUGUCUCUUCUUCCCCAGUCCUCCUCGAAGAAGAAAAUGAUCGAUGCCAUUGGCCUUUUGAAGGCCUACUUUUUUGUUCGUGAGCACAAGAGUCUGGAUCUUCAUCCCCUUGUUCAUCUGGCUAUCCGGAAUUGGAUGAGGCAGAAUCAUCUACUGAAUCUUUCGAUACGCAAAGCGGCACAUCGACUUUAUGAGAUCUUCCCUGAUAAUGAUUAUACGAAUCGCCCAUUGUGGCGCGAAUACCUACAUCACGCCCUAUUUUUUGUACAAAAAGCGGCCUUCAGCGAGUAUAACGAGCAAUAUGUUAGCUUCCUUUGGAGGGUAGGAAAAUGUCUCAAUAGUGAUGGGAGAUAUUCUGAAGCAGAGGUCGUAUUUGGUGAUAUCAUGCGGAUUCAAGAAAGAACGAACGGUGAAAUGCAUCCAUCGACUCCUAUCUCCUUGACCUGGAUAGCUUCGACAUACAAUGACCAAGGACGAUUUCAGGAAGCUUUAGAGCUAAAUACGCGAGCAAUGGCAAUAAGUAAAGCAAUAUUUAAUACAGAGCAUCCCGACAGACUAACAGUCACAGCCAACCUGGCAUCGACAUACCAAGCUCAAGGCCGAUUGGAGGAAGCUAUAGAGUUGAAUAUGCAAGUACUGGAUAUAAGGGAGAGUGUAUUGGGCAGGAGGCAUCCUGAUACACUGACUAUCAUGGCUAAUCUUGCAUCAAUAUACCGAAAACAAGGCCGAUUGGAGGAAGCUAUAGAGUUGAAUAUGCAAGUACUGGAUACGAGGGAGAGGGAAUUGGGCAGGAGGCAUCCUGAUACACUGACUAUCAUGGCUAAUCUUGCAUCAAUAUACCGAGAACAAGGCCGAUUAAAGGAGGCUUCAGAGCUAAACACGCAAGUCAUGGUCAUAAGAGAGAGUGUGCUUGGAACUGAGCAUCCAGACACGCUAACCAGCAUGGCUAACCUGGCAUCGACAUACCGCAGUCGAGGUCGAUGGAACGAGGCUAAAGAGCUGGAUGAGAUGCGAACGAGAAGAUUAAGAAAUAUGCAAUCCUGA